AUGAAUAAGAGCAGUUCUGCUCGCAUCCUAUCUACAUUUCUUUGUUCAUCAGUUAUGCAUUCUAUUGUAUCGUUUGAAUUGGAUGAUGAUUGUAUUUUACUAAAUAUGUUUAAUGAUGAUAGUUUAUUUUUCCAUGAAUCAAUUCAUCUGACUCAUAUCCGGAUAACAUUAUAUCGAUUUGAACAUUGUAUUUGUUUACUUAAUCGAUUAAACUCACAAUUAUGUUCAUUCACUGUGAACAUUAUGUUUGUUUCUUUACCAAAUGUUGAUAUUUUAUCUGAAAUUAAAUCGAUUUCAUGUCCCAAUUUGAAACAAUUGACAAUAACAAGUUAUCGCACUAUUACUGAUUAUGAAGAGUUUUUUCUUCCAGUUCUACAACGUUUAUCAAAUGUUGAAUAUUUAACAUUAUUAUUAGUUGUUGGUCUUGAAGGGAUUCGACCCAAUCAUUUUAUCGAUGGAUUUGAUUUGGAGAAAAAUAUUAUUUCAUAUAUGCCUCAUUUACGUGAAUUUCAUUUUCAUAUUCGUUCAAUAUUAAAAAACCCUUCUCAUGUAGAAAUCAAAACAAUUCGUCAAAGUUUUAUUCAAUAUCAACAACAAUCGGUUGAUUGUGUAAUCGAUUAUUUCCAUGAUAACUAUGGUCAAUGUCAAAUUUAUUCACUUCCAUUUAUAGGUACUCGUCUUGACUUUAUUUCAAAUCGAUUUCCACUCUUUGAUACUAAUAAGACAUUUUCAAUGGUUACCAAAUUGUUACUUUACGAUGAUAUUCAACCGUUCGAAAGUAGUUUCUUUGAACGUGUCUCUCGAGCUUUACCUCAUCUUAGAACACUCGAUGUAAUGAAUGGACUUGAACAGCAAGAGAAAAAAAAAACAACAACAAAUAAUCUUGAAUUUAUUAAUUUAACUACUCUGAUUUUAUUCGACAUUCAUUUGGAUUAUGCUGAACAAUUACUUUGUCGAACUCAUCUUCCUUGUCUAGUUGAACUUGCUAUUGAUAAUGACAUAUUAUUAGAAAUAAUGACUCGAGAUCAACAACAGGCAAAAGAUAAUUGUUCUAGAGUAGAAACUCUACGAACUUGGAAACCAUUCUAUCAUUCAGUAGAUGUACUUGAAAACUUUUUUCCACCAUAUUCCUAUGUCAAACAUCCGGACGAAGAAAAGAUGAAAAAUAAAUGA